AUGGAGAACGUCAUGGAGAGCCCACCCAUCAGGUUUUCUAGCUGCAGAGGAAUCUCCUUCGAGAUCAAGCCUCACGGCGAUCCUUUUGCCAUCCCCAAAUCCGCAAAAGAAGAUGAGCCGAAUUUCAGGCCCUUGUCCAUUUCGUAUUGGAAUAUGCUCCAACGCUCCUUCAGCAAGGCCAGCAGCAGCAGCCACUUCUGCGACCUCGACCUCGACAUCCACGACCCAAGCUAUUACGUCGUGGAUGAAGAGCUCGUCGAUGUCGUCGUCACUGAUCGAAAGCUGCCGAGGAAAAGCAAGAAACCGUCGCGGCUUUCGGUCAUACUGCUGGACCAAGGGCUGUUCACGGUUUACAAGAUGCUAUUCAUGUUUUGCUUUGCGCUAAACGUCGUCGGAUUGGUCCUGGCUGCGACGGGUCAUUUCCCUUGCGCGAGGAACAGAGCAGCUCUGUUUUCGAUCGCGAACAUUUUCUUUCUCACGCUCUGUCGGAGCGAGGCCCUUCUGCGGGCCGUUUUUUGGGCCGCGGUGAAGAUACUGGGCCGCUCGUGGGUCCCGAUCCGUAUCAAGACGGCCGCCACGUCACUCCUGCAAAGCCUUGGUGGGAUCCACAGCGGGUGCGGGGUAUCUUCCGUUGCGUGGCUAAUUUACAGUUUGGUCCUCACUCUUAACGACUGGCCGCAUACAUCCUUCGAGAUCGUGGCCGUGGCCUCUGCGAUCCUUUCGUUCAUCUCUUUCUCUUGCCUCGCUGCGUUCCCUGUCCUUAGACAUUUACAUCACAACGUCUUCGAGAGGAUCCACAGAUUUGCUGGGUGGGCCGCCCUGGGGCUUCUUUGGGCUUUCGUGAUUCUAACAACCUCGCACGAUUCGAAAACGGCGUCGUAUAAUUUCCAAGACGGCAUAGCAUUGAAGCUGGUCAAAUCACAAGAAUUUUGGUUCACAGUCGCCAUCACUGUGAAGAUCAUCCCCUGA